AUGGAAGAAGAAAAUGUCCAAGCAGAGCUGCUACUCUCUGUUCAAAAUACUGAAAUAUAUAGUAUAGUCGGAGAUCAAAAAAGGCUUUUUACUACUGGUGAGCUACGAUUAUAUCGUUUAUCAGAUCAAAAUCUAUAUUUAUUAACAGUGGGCGAUUUUCGUUACUCCCUAUCAAAAGAAAUCCCAGUAAUGAAAGGUGACAAGAGAAGCUACGUAUUCCCAAGCACGGAAGGCUUCUAUGGAAUUAUAUUUCCUAUUGAAGUUGAUAUAGAAGAAUUAGACGUUUUCGAAAUAAUUCUUCAGGAUAGCACUGAGUUCACCAAAAUCAAAGAUAGAAGAAAUUCAAUGCCUGAAGAAAGUACCAGUGAUACUGAGGUUCAGGUUUACAUAGAAGAAAGCCAAGAAAUAGUAGAAAAAGAAAAAAAAGAAGGCAAAGUGGGUAAGAUAAGCCACUAUAUAGAAUUAGGAGGAACAAAAAUCAAGAAAGGGCUCAUAAGAGGAGCAACUUUUACAUCAAAAGGAAUUGUUAAAGGAGGGGAGUACCUCAAGAAAAAAAUAAAGAAAAAGCCAAAGCCUACUGAAGUUUCUGAAAAAAGUAAAGCGAGAAUCCGUAAAAUGAAAAUGGCAAGCCAAAUGGUCCUAGCUCUUUCUAAAGCUCUUGUAAGUGGAGCUGUUGAAAUGACUACACAGAUAGCCUCAUCAAUAUCCUCACACUUCAAGAACUCAAAAACUGGAAACCGCUUGGAAAGGUCAAAAACUUAUCAAUCCGCAAAAGAGCUUGGAAUGGCUGGAAUUAACGCCGUAGUAACCAUAUAUGAUGGGCUGGAAGAAGCUGUAAUAAUUCUUGCGAAAUCAAGUGCCAAUACAACUGUAAGCGUAGUCGAACACAGAUAUGGAGAGCAAGCAGCAUCUGCCACUUCUGAAAGCCUCAGUGUUCUUGGGAAUGUAGGAAGUGCAUAUAACCAAGUCAAAAAAAUGGGAUUAAAAAAGCUAGCAAAAGCUACUGCUAAAAAAACAGCAAUUGGAAUAAUGGAAGAAGAAGAAGAAAAGAAAGAAUAA